UCUUUUCUAGUAAAUCCAGAUACUACUGUAAGAAAACUACUAUGUUUUCUUGCAAUGUUCUGCAAGCCAAACAUACCCAGGGUCUCCAACUGUUCAUCUUUUUAUUUCCAGACUUCAUCUUGAUGUCUUUCCUCUGAAUAUAACUAGUUUGUCGGUAUCAUCCUGAAAUAUGCCCCAACUUGAUUUCUGUUAAUCUUGACAUUAUAUUCUAUUGAUAAAGGGUAGGAUUGUAUUACUCUCCAAUUGCAUCAUCCUGUUGGUUCAUAUUCAGCUUAUGAUCCACCAUUUAUUGGUAUGUAUUUUCUUCCCCUAUGUCAGCCAAAAGUUGGUGUAAAAUGGCUUUCUGUCCUGGGAUAUCUUAGUGAACACUGAGAAAGAAAUUAAAUAACAAUUGGGAUGUAUUUUGAGUCAUAUAUGUGUGGAUGGAAUGACACUUAGAAGCGAGCAUUUGUUGAUAGUCUGCUGAGUAAUACAAAAGUGACAAAUUUGUCACUUUCCUGUGACUAUUACCAAGAAAAAAAAUGUAUCAACAGUCUUGUCCUAAUAGUGCAGACAGCUGGAGAAUUAUGUUUCCAUUUAAUAAGUUGGUAAACUUAUAUUAUAAAAAUCUCUCUCUCUGCAUUUAUGAGUUCCAGAAUUAAUGUAUAACGGGGAGGAAUAGAAUGUGUUUUGUGUAUUAUGAACCCAACACCUUAAUGUUUAUGUAAUAUAUUUCAAUGCAAUACUAGACAAAGUCACAAUAUCAAGGAAUGGCUCCCAAAGACAGAAUAAAUUCCAUAUCAAAGCCAGAACACUGUGGCCCUACCCCAUUCCAUCUGCUGAUUGUAAAUUUUCUGCCUACUUCUGUUCUCAUACAUUGCUAAUCUCUAUAAAGGUGUUCCUGUCAGCCGCACCCAUUGUAAAAAUAAACAGUUUCCUGUAGAAUAAGAACUUGUCCAAGAAUUCCAAAUCUUAAGAAUAGAAAAUGGCACUUGCUUUUUGUUUUUUAAAAGUGUUGUAGCCAUAUGCAGGGAUACAGUUUGUUUUACAAGUUGUUAAUAACUCUUGAGUUCUGGUUGAGAUAAGAUAGUGAAGGUUGCAUAUCUACAAUUAGGCAUAUCCACUUAAAAGGCUUUUAAAGGUUUUGGCAAGAUUAAAAACAGAUCUCCGCACCCACAAAAUAAAUGAGUUCACACAUGCUUAAGCAAAGUGGGAAGUCCAAGUGCUUCACUUUACCUAUUUGGGGGGGGGGGAGAAUGAUGAAACAAAAUUGGUAGAGCCAGAGAUGUCUAGUUUCUAAAUUACAGCAUCAUAGAACUUACACUGUGCGUGUAUGUAUCCCUGUCUGUCUCACCUUACUGAGUUUUAGCAACUGUAGUUAGAAGUAACUCUGUCCAUGGCAAAAAUGGGAGUGGGGAGCCACAAGUGGUUCUGAAGCCUCAGGUUACCCACCCCUAUUCUAAGCUGAAUUUAGCUUAAUAUGAACCCAGUCAUUGUGACUUAUUCCACAGAACACAUGGUUCUUUCAAGGAACAGCAUUAACAUGCAGUCCUCCAGCAACUGAGUCAUCAGAAAAGUAUGGCUGGCAUAAAUUAUUCUGCCCAGACUGCCAAGCCCUGUUUAUGUCUUCUAAAUAAAACUGCUGAGUGGUGCUGUCCUUUCAGCUUCUAAGGUCAUUUAUGGAUUCUCCAGCUUUGUUCCAUUUCAUGAUGAGCAUCACUUAGUAGGAAACAGCCACUCCAUGUGGUGGGAUGGGGUUGGAUGGCCAGGCAGGGUUCCUAGGGUGGAGGUUUAGUCACCUUGUAAGCUACCGGUCACAGGGUAGGUGGUGCUCCAUACCUAAGAUCUGUAACUCAACCUAUUUCUGAGAAAUGACCUACAAGUCUUCGAAAACUGCUAAAUUUAGGCUCAAAAUUAUGGCUGGAGGAGGAAUGUAGGGAUGAUGCAGGAGGAAGCAAUAAAGAAGUGCUGGCAGUCAGUGACUGUAGUCAGCAGCAUUUUCAAACCCAGUUAGAGAGGGAAGAGGGAAACAGUCUUUAGAUGAAAGACACAAUCAUUUCUAUGGAACUUUGAUAGCAGAAGGCACUACCAGAAAUAAUAAUAAUAAAGAAUGAUCUUUCUCACCUCCUUUGCCCUCCCAUCCUUCGGGAUAGCUCUGGUCUGUCCCACUUUCCUAUGACUCUGGAAGAAUGUGGAGCCAGGCAUAUGGUCCAUCUAGACUUUUACAGUAAAUUUAGACUUUAAGGGAUAGUUCUUUAGACAGCAUUAGGAAAACUACCCCUGAAAAGUCACCAAGAAAACUGCAGGGACUUGUCCAGGCAGUCACCAGGAGUCAGCAUUGACUCAAAGACACCAGAAAAAGAAAAAGAAAUCACAGCCAGUAUAGAAUUCAACAUGUCUCUAUUUUCUUACCUCUUCAAUUUUUAUUUAUUUGAGCUAGUCUCCCUCUUGUAAUUUUUGGAUCUGAUGUUAGAAGAUUUUAGUUCUGUCUUUAGUGCAAGUAGGAGGCAACACCCAUUUUGUGAUUCUUUCAAAUCCAAUCAAAUAUUGGAAAGAAAUUUUGCAAAAAUGUUCACCAUUUUCUUUGUUUAUCUGUAAGAUAACACUCUGAAUCUUGUACAGAAUACAAGCUAUAUAUUUAGUUUAAAAAGGGAACUGAAAGAUUGUUAGGACUUGAACCAAAUUCAGCCAGGGAUUGUGGAAGUAAAAAAAAUCCCUGGAGAAGCAGCUGGGCAAUGCCUUAACACCUAUUCUUCCAUUUGAUGCCUCUCCCCUUCUUCCUAAUAUGAAAACAGAGUCGAACAUAUAAUUCCCACAUUGUAUGAUAUAUACAUAUAUGGAGUUGCAACACAUUUUGUUAAAAAUGUCUCUACUGGUGAAGAGAUUUGGAAAGAACUCUAGUAGCCAUGAGCUAUGGUGCUUUUCCUAAUGUAUGUGUAUUUUAAUUGGCUUGAGAUCUUUGGAUGGGCAGCAAUAUUUUUAGUGGGAGAGUUAGUGGUGUAAAUCAUAACAGUUUACUUUUGGUAAAUCCUAUCGCAAUACCUGAUAUUUCUUAACUGCCAAUUUACUAGCAAGAUUACAGUAUUUUGCUCUGCUAAAAGACCAUGGAGUCCAAAUGAAACAGAGGUGGUGCUCCAAAGCAGCAUUUGAGGUAAGUCUGGCCAAGAGUUGGUCUCAGGUGGGCAGUGAAUCUCAUCAUCUACUGAAACCUCCCAACCACUGAUGUUGAGGUUGGCAUUGUACAUUCUGUUAUAUUUAUGUUUGUAAUCAGUACAUAGGUAAAGAGAAAGGUAAACCAAUGGGUAUCAGGCAGAUUUAGCAGCAAGUCUUUUAAUAUGCUACUCUAGACAUUAAAAAAACAACAUGCUCACACACACACACACUGAAUUAGCUCCUGCAUCUAAACUUCUCCUUUGGGAGAAGGGCGGUAUAAAAAUCGAAUUAAUAAUAAUAAUAAUAAUAAUAAUAAUAAUAACAACAACAACAACUACAACUGACAAGAUUCUUGGGGAGUGGCAGUGGAACUGAAAGCUUUGGGCAUAUACAUACCAUUUCCUACACUGUACACCAAGGUUCCAGUAGUUUCUCUGAAAUUAGCCUUUUCUAUGUUGUUGCUAUAAAGGUCACACCAGGGCUGAAAUUCAGCCUGUUCUAUUUGGCUCGGGCGAACCGGUAGUGGCAGCUUCGGGAGGCUCCACCCACCCACGCGGACAUCAUGACAUCCCUUUUUUGCGAUGAUUUUCAGCCUCUGCGCAUGUGCAGAGGGCUUUGAACAUGUGCGGAUGAUGGUGUGCGUGAGUGAAGCGAGCACGUGCACAGCGCACACACAUUUGCAAACCAGUAGGGAAGAACCUUCACAUUCUGCCUCAUGUGGAUAUUUGUACUUGUUGUGAACACUGAUAUAUUUUUAUGAAGCAUUAUUUUUAUCGGCUCUGUUUCAACAGAGGAAGUGCGAAGCUACUUUUGUUGAGAAACCUUUGAAGUCCCGUUUGGCAAAGGAGGAUGUUGCAUUAGACGGUCCUUGGCGACCUUAUGCCGCUGGCCAAGAAAACGUUCAAAAGUUUUCUAAGAUUUGUUUCCUUGGAAUCCGAGGGGCCCCGGUUGGAAACCAAAGAACUCUUCCGUUCGGGGCUGCGGAGAAAAUGGGGGCGAAUGGUUCUCGGGCGCUUCCAAACUCCCGUCUCUGGUCUAAGGGUCGUAGUUGCUUCGGACUCCGCGCUCACGUCGUUAAGGAAACCAGCCAUUAAGCGUCUCUGCCUCCAGUGGCUCCGGGUUGAGGUGGAGUCGAACCAGUCGCACUUUGGAGGUCAGAGAAUAGCCAAGCCGGCCAGAGAGAAAACGAGGGCGCAGAAGGAAGGAAAGGCCGGGCGGGGAUUGGACCAAAUCCCAAGGGUAGUAAAACUAAUCUCGCGUGUCCAGCCCCUCCUUAUGCAAGGCAAAUCCGCUGUGGGAAUUCGCCUCGACCCUCCUUAAAGAUCUGGGUCUCCUUUCGCAGGCGCGGCGCCCCCCAGUGUUCGCGGAGCUGCAGCAUUAAGCUUCCAGGGCUGGCUGGUCAGAAGAAGCUUCAGAGAGUAUUAUAUCUAAGUGAAAGGUGCUUGCAGAGCAGCAUUGGAUAGAGAUUCCUGUAAAGAAAACUCCUGAAGAUCCACAAAAGCUUUCCAACUUGUCCUAGGACUUGGGAUUGUGCUGCCUAUUCACCUUCUGAAGAUGCCUCUUUCAAACCUCACACAACCCGUCUAUCACCAACCACCCAGUAACUCACAUGGUGACUUACAAGGCUUGUUCAGUAUGGUGCAUGGUUACUUGAGGAUCGUGCAACCCAACAGUUUCCCCAAAGAUCUCCUGACAUAUGUGAUCAAGCAUCAAGAUUUCUUUCAAAACCAGACAGUGUAUAAAGAGAUGCUCAAGUAUGAGACGGGCUUCCUGGUUUGUACUGUCAUUGGUCUUCUGUUCAUUGUCCUUGUGCCGCUAGUGGGCUUGUAUUUCUGUUGCUGCCGCUGCUGUGGACACUGUGGAGGUUUCAUGUACCAGAAGCAGAAUAAGCACACUGCCUGCAAGAGACGGACUCUUUUUUGCUUUCUGCUGGGUAUCACGGCUGUUCUUCUGGCUGGAGAUAUAUGUGCAUAUGUCAGCAACCGCCGUAUAUCCCAGGGUCUAGGGAGAGGUUUUAUCAUUUUCAACAAUACAGUGAGCAACCUGAAUGCUUAUCUAAAUUCUAUACCUCAGGAGAUUAAUGAAAUCGUCAAUUCUAGUAAAGUCCCAUUGGAGGAGAUCAGUGAUAGCUUGUCAAAUAUUGGUGAUACUUUGGGGAACAAGAUUAAGGAUAAACUAGGUGGACGAGCAAACAAAGUAUUAGACAUGACUGAGCAGCUUCUUCAAGACAUUCAGAGCAUAGACCAGGAACUCCAGAAAGUCAACCAGACUGGUGGUCGCUUGCAGGAAAUGCAAAAGGAACUGAACAAAAAUCUGACUGACCUGAGAACUGAGAUCAAUGAGACUCUGAAAGAAUGUGGCAGCCCAUGUGGAAAAGUGUCCGUAGAGAACCUGACACCUGAGACCAAUUUUGAUACGAUUCCUGAUGUCAGUAAUCCACUUAAUUUGAUAUCUGAACUGACAAGCUUAGAUCUCAACAGUACUAUAAUAAAGGCAAGAAAUGUCAUGGAAGAAAUACCACAGAAAGUCUCUAAUCAAACCAAAGAGGAGGUGUCUGAGAUACAGGAUAUACUUCAUAAUGCCAAGAAGGGAAUUAAUGAAAUCAGUGAUAAGUUUCACAAGCUGAUCUCACUGAAGAAUAUCUCUGCAUUCAUGGAAAAUAUUGUAAAGAAAGCAAAUGACUACAAGCCACAGGUGGUCAAAUAUGAUGACUACAGGUGGGGUGUUGGCGUCUGCCUUUGCUGUCUGCUGCUUGUAAUAAUUGUAUUCAAUGUGUUGGGCCUUUUGCUUGGUGGUCUUGGGCUAGAUCCAAAUGGAGUGCAAUGGCCUACCAAACGGGGCUGCCUCUCCAACACUGGUGGAAACUUCUUUAUGGCGAGUGUUGGAUUCAGCUUUAUAUUUUCAUGGUUGCUGAUGUUGCUGGUUCUAGUACUAUUUUUAGUUGGGGGCAAUUCAUACACAUUGGUGUGCCGGCCUUGGGCUGAUGGAAUUAUCCUUCAGUAUCUGGACACAUCUGGGUUGCUCCCUCAAUUAAAUGUGAAAAAGCUCAUGAAUUUGAACACUUCUGAUGUAAACCUGACCAGCAUAUACAAGAAUUGCGAAAAAAAUGCACCCUUGUGGAGUACUUUUCACCUAGAUGAGAUCGUCUCUUUGAAUGACACUUUCAACAUCAGCAAGUACACGCAAAACAUUGAUUCAACACUGAAUAAAAUAAAAAUCAAUAUUGGAUCUAUUGAACUCCUGAAGGGUGAUCAAACACGCAGCUUGCUGAAACUGAGUUCAGAAGAUGGGCCUCUGAAUGUGGAUUUUAACAGUACUCUUGAACAACUUAAUCAGAAUCUGACCAAACAAAACCUGAAUAUCUUGGUUAAUAACUUGGAAGAACUGGCAAAUGACACAACCAAUGACACAAGUAGAAAUUUGCAACGUCAAGCUGAUGAACUGAAGAAUAUCCAAAACCAGAUAAACCUCAAAUUUCUUCCAGAAAUUCAAGCCUUGAAGAGAAGCAUCCAGAACUUGCAGAAAUCUACACCUCAAAUUCCAAAUCUGAUAAACCUUACGCUGUCGGAAAUAAAUGAGACCAAUUCAUUUAUAAAGAGGCAGACAGAGACAAUUAUAAAAAAUGAGACCAAGACUUUUAUAUGGAACAUAGUGUAUUAUUUUUCCUCUUAUCUGACAUGGGUUGAGCAUUCUAUCAUAGGAGAAUUUGGUCGCUGCGGUCCUGUAGCCUGGGCACUGGAUAGCGUGAAUACCGUUGUCUGCAAUUACCUUGUUGAUUCUUUGAAUGCCUUCUGGUUCAGUCUGGCCUGGUGCACAAUCUUUCUGUUGCCAAGUAUCAUCUUGGCUGUGCGGCUUGCCAAGUUUUAUCGUCGAAUGAGCGUCGAUGACAUAUAUCAGGAUGAGAUUAUGGAAAACUUUGAACUGUCAAGGCAAAGCAUGUUCAAAAUGCCCCGGGCUGAGCUGAAGAAAUAACAUUUCCUUUUUCAAUAUUCCAUCUCUGAGAAGCUAUGAAUGCAACAAACAAUGGUCAAGAGAAUUCUUGGGUUUCUCUUGCCAUUGUGCAGUGUGUGGAUCUUUGCCACAUUUUUUUCCUGAACAAGUUUGUAAGAUGGCAACCACUUUUUCCCUACAAGAAACUACUGUGCCAAAAGCCCUGUGACAGAGAAGUUUGGCUGCACACUCAAGUCUAUGAAGUGGGUUGUGCUCUUCUCUAGGGAUUAGUCUUGCAGUCCUUAUGCUGUCCAUUUUACAGGAAAAAACUCUUGACACUAAAGGGGCUCCAUAGUGAUACCACUGCAGUCUACUGAAUUUCUGUACAGACCCCAAUAUAUAGCAGAAUAUCUUUACAGUAAUUCUUUUGACCCUCAACAGAUUUAGAAAUCUUUGCUAGAUUUAAGAUGAAUUGCAAAUAGUGCCUUCCUGGAUCAAUACCUACUCCAUACCUACUUUAAAGGUCGAUAGUCUGGAAGAGAAAGCAAAUAUGAACCAUAAUGAAAUACUACUGAGCAGUUCUAUAUCAGGAAGAAUGAAUUGCCUUAAAUUUAACUAGAACAUUUUGCAGAUUUUGUCUUGUACUUCAGUAUAUCAUUGCAGUCUAGUCAUGUAUGUUUUUCUCUUUCCCUCAUCUUCACAUUCUCCAAUACUUGAUUUGCAUAUUUUGGGCAUUUAUCCUCUCCCCAGUGUUAUAUCCAAUAAUAUUGAACCAUGAAUUUAUUUUAUCAGAAACAUGAUUCUCUCAUGAGAAUGGGGGAAAUUCUCUCAUGAGAUGAAUAGACUUAGUAAUAUUUAUUAAGAAAUUAGUAAUAGAAAUGAAUGCAUUUAGAUUAAUGCAAAAUGAAGAUGACUCCAAUAAUGAAAGAUGAUAUGAUCGGAUAAAUCAUUUGGAAGAAGAACAUGAGGAUUCUAUUCCUUUCAGAUUAGUCUUGCCUGACACUCCAGAUAUGUGACAUAAUUCCUAGUCAGCAUUGGAAAUUUGAAGUUUAGGGAAGGACUGGAUUAGUAGCAGAAAAUACAGGUAGUCCUCAAUUUAUAACAAUUUACUUGGUGACUGUUGAAAGUUACAAUGGCACUGAAAAAAGUGACAUGACUUUUCAGUUAUGACCAAUUCAGCAUCCCCAUGGUUACGUGAUCAAAAUUCAGACACCUGGCAACCGAUUCAUAUUUAUGACAAUUGCAGUAUCCUGGGGUCAUGUGAUCACCAUUUGUGAUCUUCUGACAAGCAAAGUUAAUGGGGCAACCAGGUUCACUUAACAAUUAUGCUACUAAUUUAACAACUGCAGUGUUUCACUUAACAAUUGCGGCAAGAAAAAUCGUAAAAUGGGGCAAAAUUCACUUAACACCUGUCUCAGCAACAGAAAUUUUGGGCUUAAUUGUGGCUGUAAGUUGAGUACUACCUGUAGUGUUUUUAUUGAGUUACAGACCUAUUAAUUCAAAGUAUAGCUCAUAAAUUAAUUGCUGGCCUGAAUGUAACAUUACAAAUAUUUUACUUCAAAGUAUUAAAUAUUAGGAUAGUAGGUAUGUUACUUGACUUUCUAUUGUUCAAUUUGCAUAUAAAACUUUUAAAGAAUCUCAUUUGUAUUUAUAAUAAAAUUUAAAUUAGAUUCCCAGCACAGUAGCAGAAACCUUUUGCAUUACAUUUUUCUUGCUCCAGAAACAGCAAUACCAAAUUAUUUUUUAGUCUUCUGGUUCUAAAUUAGCUUUUAGAAGAAUGUGUGAAGAAUGAGUUAAAGCAACAGUAAGAAAUGAAAUCCUCAUUAAUCAAGGAAAAAUGAAAACUUUACAUAAAAUAUAACAUUUUCUUAUCUCACCCAGAUAUUGGGGGGUGGGGGAGUGGCUCAUAUUUGCAAAUUUUAAGAGCAACAAACAUGCAAACUGUCAUAGUUUAAUGUACAGUACACAUUCUCACUUUAACUCACCCACCGUUAGGCUAUCAUUAAGACUGACCUUCUCCUAGCAAAUUAUCCACAACUCCAUUUCUUUCUUUUCUAAGAGGUUUAUGAAAACCUACAAUAUAUGGGAAGCAAUUCAAGAUGAUUGUUAUCAUGCUAUCACUUAGUCUAGGACAACAAUUGUUCCUAACAGCUUCUGUGUUAUUUAAAUUAUGUCUUAUUUCCACUAAGUUUGAUAAAAUAUAUUUUCAGUUGCCUGAAUUACAUGAUUUCUAUUAUAUAAUAAAUUUUAUUUGAUUCUACAAAAGAGCAGGACUGAAAGACUAAUCUAGAGUGAAAAUAAUUACCCCACUCCCCUCCCCGCUUUACCGAGAGAUACUUGAAUCUGUAUAUAUGCUUUUGCUUCUCAUUUGAAUAUAAUUAUUUUUAUUGGUGUAUUGUUUGUCUUUCAUUUGUAAAUUCAAGAAAAUUACAUUUUUCAUGGCUUUUAUAGGAUUUGAGGUAGGCCUUGGAUACUUAGCAUUUAUAAAUUACUGUUCCCCAAGAAUGAGGCCCACAAAACAUGCCAUCUUGCUGUUACUGGAACUGCAAUGUUAAAUAUUAACAGAAAUCAAGAAAAAAUCAUCAUGAAACCAGUUUUGGACCUUGUGUGAAAACCAGCUGGCUGCCCCUGGCUGCUAAAGUAUAAGAAAGAAAUCUAAGAUGGUCAGGAAGCUAUGUUUUGUUGGACUCAAAGUACUUGUAAUUAAUUAAACUAUAAUUUCAAAUGCCGCUAUUAAAUAUAAUUUUGAUGUAUUUUUGCAAUGGUGUGACAACUGCUUAUUCAACAGGAAUACAUGCCUCAAGAGUCGGAUCAAGCCAGAACAUUCACCAAGAUAGCUGUUCCAUCAAAUUAAUAAUUGUAGGUUUACACAUCUAAGAAAUAAUUACUUGUCCUCUUGAAGUUUUUCACUCACUUCCAACUCCCCUCAUAUUAUGGAAGCUAAUUUCAGGCCGCUUAAUGAUCUCUUAGUAAUAUUUAAAUUAACUCUUAAUUUACUCUUCCCUGAACAUUCCAAUUAGAUAAUCUAAAGGCAGGUAUAUUCCUGGUUUUAUAGAAGCUGGGAAGUUAAGAUCACAGCUCUUAUGCUAUGGCUCAAUAGACAAAGGGACACUGCUAGCAGUUUGCUUGCUGUAAUUUUUCUUCCCAGACAUGAUUUAUUCUCUUAGCUGACAUUCUUUCAAGUCAGACUAUGAAU